AUGUUCAAAAAUAUAGUACGAAAUAUCUUCCUGGAAGCGGAAAACGCUAAUGUCAAAAAAUAUGUCAAACAAAUUUCUGGGGCUGAUAAAUUGGAUCCGAUCAUUGUGAUUAAACCCAAUCCUACUUGGGUCGCAAAUUAUGGAUGGAUUGCAUAUAAUAAUGCCAUGGAUCAAUUCGCAAUAUAUAACCUCAACAACAACCAGAGAAGGGACAAAAAUAGCAGAUGUAUAUUCCAUUUCAGGGACAUCCAGGAAUUGCAUACUGUUCAGGAUGGAAUUUGUAAUAGAAACCUCAUCCCAAAUGGGUUCCAUGUCCCUCAAGGGCUACAAGCGAAUAUCGCACUUGGUACUAAUAAUCCAGUGCCGAUUGGACGAGCGUAUUUAGUUAUCAAUUUGGAAAUCAAAAAAUUGGAAUUUUUGGAAGAUAAGAAAUUUUUUUAUGUUGAUUAA